ACGAAACUACGGACACUUGUGGCCGUUACAUUGCAAAUGUAAUGGUUGGAGCUUUAAAUGAAGAGCCUUCUUCCUAUUUAGUGGCUUGCAAAGAACGUGAAACAAUGCUGUUCCCUAUAUGAUCAAAGAAGGAAGAGCCCUUCGAGUAUUUUGUACCAAUUGUGCCUUUACCUGCUGAACCAGUGGUAACUCGUUGGGGUAUGUGGGUCAAAGAUGUGUUUUUUCACAAUGAACAUUUUGAUGCCAUUAGAGGUGUAGUAAACGGCAUAAAUAGUGCAGAGGAUUUGGCAGUUUGCCAAUGCAAGGAAGCUUUUAUUGAUUCUGGUAUUAGAAAAGACACUGCUGUGAUUAGCACUCAUUUUUCCCAUAUACCUGCAAGUAUUAAAAAGCUUGAAACUCAAGGUUCGGCUUUGAAUGAAUGUAUCCAGUUAAUGAAUAAAAUUAUUCUAGUUAACUCCAUAUUGCAGGAGGUAUUCUCAAGAAAACGUAAAGAAAAGUUUGACAAUAUUUUAAAUAAUAACCCAGGCUUUGAACUGUAGUGCCAAAUUAUAGUUUUACUAAUGGGACUGGUGAAUUUACCAGAAACAAUAAGUGCCAACGUAGCACCCACAUUCAAAUACUGCCCAGUUACCUCAGUUGAUGUGGAGCGGUCCU